CACACACUCGCGACAUGGAGGGCGGUUCCUGAACCCGGGAGACUGAGGCUCGAAACGCAGUUUAACCGUGUCAAAGUUCCUGGGAGCUGCCGCCCUGUGAGACCCAACAGGUGGAAUGACGAACCACACUCUGCAACCCAACGGCAUGCAGAGUCUCCGGAAGGAGCACCUAUACAAGGUGCUGGUCAUCGGAGACCUCGGAGUCGGGAAGAGCUCCAUCAUCAGGCGUUACGUUCACCAGACCUUCUCUAGUAACUACAGGGCCACGAUCGGAGUGGAUUUCGCUUUGAAAGUCUUGAACUGGGACUCUGAGACUGUCAGACUUCAGCUGUGGGACAUUGCAGGUCAGGAACGAUUUGGGAACAUGACGCGCGUAUACUACCGCGAAGCCAUGGGUGCCUUCAUUGUGUUCGAUGUGACACGGCCAACCACCUUUGAGGCCGUCAUUAAGUGGAAAGAAGACCUGGAUUCGAAAGUAAUGUUGGCUAAUGGACAGAGCAUUGCUACCGUGCUGCUGGCGAAUAAGUGUGAUCAGGGCAGGGAACUGAGCAACAAUGGCAUCAAAAUGGAUCAGUUCUGCAAAGACCACGGCUUUGUUGGUUGGUUUGAGACGUCAGCAAAGGACAAUCUCAAUAUCAGCGACGCUGCAAACUUCCUGGUCAAGCACAUCAUGGCCACAGAGAAUGACAUCCUAAAGUCUGUGGUGCCAGACACCAUCUCCCCGCAGAUGGACUCCAGCAGACAGAUGAGCUGCUCUGGAUGCUUCAAAUAAUCAAGCAAUGGAAGGAAGGAAGAAAGGAUGAAUGAACAUGUGAGAACAGAGAAAGGACAGGACUUUAAAGGAAAUCCUACACUGUGCAGAAUGGCACAGUAUGAAGUCUGUGUGCCAUGAAGUCGAACAUUUAUUUGUUUCUAGUGACCAAAGCUAACAUCUCUCUUUUUUUAGAGUGCCUCUGAAUUGUGGUCAAAAUGCAUUUCUGGAGAUUUGUGAACUGUUUGACUAAUACUACAGAAAGCAUAUGCAAGAGUAAGUAACAGGUAUACUCCUUUUAUGAAGAUUAUCUGCUUCCUUCUCAUAUGAAUUCCUCACAUUAAAGAUCAAAGCAAUUUAACUGACCCAACAAAGCAUAGGUGCAGUGAAUGCAACAUUUACAUGGACUUAUUCAUGGAUUUGCAGUGUUUUGGUCAAAAUAACUCAUGUCUCUGUUUGCUUUUAAAGCUGUUGGAUAUUAUACUCUUGGAGACUGUGGGUUUCCUUAACAUUAUUCUAACAAGGCAUAUAGGGGGCUGUGCACCACUGUGAGUGAAGCACACAAAGUAACUCUGUGUUCAUCUGCACAUAUUUUAUUAUGAUUUUAAGUUAUUUACUGAGUGCUUUUGUGAGUAUUUUGAGAUGCAUGUUGAGUUUGAAAAUACAUCCACCAACAGACCGUGUAAGAAUUAUUUAAGUUUGGACUUGAAGUAAGAACACGGUGUUAUUUAUUGUAACAGUGUGGUUGGACUGUGCCAAUGUGAACUGAUAAAACAUCUUUGCUGUAACAGCUAAAGGUUGAUGUGACUUUUCAGACAUAAUGAUGACCAUUUUUUAUCAGAGCUGAAUAAAAUAUGUGCAUGUGGUAGGUUUGCAAAACACAUGAAGUUUUUAAUCUUAAUGUUGUAAACUGAACACACUUCAAUUCGUCCAGCAAAACCUCAGUAUCCAUGGUAACAGGAAUCUUUUUAUGGGGUUUGCUCUACCAUCUAUGUAGAGCUGCGUCUCGCUGUGUCUCGCUGUGCUGUGCGCACAAACACACACUAAAGAACACAUAAAGACGCUGCAUGUCCUCUCUCCUACUCAGUGGCUUUGUUGUUGUUUCACUGUUUUUUUCCCCAUGUAUUCCUUUUUGAAUUUAAAGGUUAUUUCUGCUCGUCAGAGUACUGCCAUUUAUUACUAGUCAGCUGAGUGUUCUGCACAAAGUCAACAUUUGCCUUUUUCUUCUAACCAUUAGAUUCUCAGCUGGUGUCAAGUCUACAUCAAUCAAUGUCUCACCAAAAUAAAAACUAUACAUCAUAAUUGCUGGCAUGGCUUUAAAGAUGUGUAAACAGUGUUAAGCUGCAUUCAUCUUUAUUUGUAGUAGAAAGGGGACAUACUGAGAUAUUUAACAAAAUUUAAGUGUGCAAUUUGAGUUUAUUUAUUAAAAUGCUAAAUUAAGAAAUAGCUAUUUUUAAGCAAAGUUACAAGGGUCAUAUUAGUUUUCUCCUACAGCAUCCAGAAAGAGUGAUCUUUGAUCAUUCCUCUUUCUAGAAUCUUUCUGGUUGACCCAGAGUUCUGGUUCCUUACUUAUGGAUGCUUCUUUUAAUCUUGUCCCACAAAAAGGGUUGCUUUUAAACCAUUUCUGUAGCUCUUUGGACAUAAUGUUUUAGACCUUGACAUUUUUUAGUUUAGUUUAACAACAUUUUUUCUUCUGACUGGCCGGACUUGAGUCUGAUCAACAGUCUGUGGGCGAAGCUGAAGAUUAGAGUCGCAGCAAGAUUUGGAUCUCAUCAAGUUAUCAAAAACCAGUGGAAAUAUGUUAUUUAUUUUUAUUCAAACUGAUUAUUCACUUUCAAGGUUGAUGUUACAGUUUGAUUUGAGAGAUGACUACUAAGAAGUUUUAGUUAAAUAAAUGUAUUGGUUGUUUAACGACUAAACCACCGCUUUACCUUAUGAAACAUUUGAUGCUGCUUUUCAUUGUGAUACUGAUGAAUUUGAAAUAAAUGCCUAAUUGGAGAGAACUUGGAGGCUAAUAUUGAGUUUUAUUUUAUUGUCUUAUGUUUUUCACUUUAGCAUGUGGCUAAGCGUAAUUAACCUCUGCUUCACAUUAUGUUCAUCCUCCCUGUUCAAUUAUGUAUUCUUAUUUAAACAUUUUGUGACACUGUAGAGAUGACCAAAAAUUAUUUAAGGAAAUUGAGUUUUGUUUUCUCCCACUAACUGUAUGUAUUCACAUAAAAGGUUGAGAUUUUUUAAUUGUCUGCUGUACCUUAAUUAUAAGGUAGAGCAGCAUUUUUAAGUUGCUGUCCAUAUUUGUGGAAUUAGGAUAAUUCCACAAAUUAUUCUAAUUCCAUCGGAUUCAAGGAAUCCGGAGUGAAGGAUUCCUUGAAUGUCGGAUUCAAGAAAUCCCGUUCCACGGGGAAGUUUAACUGGAUGAAGGUCUGUGACCUCAUGUGACUGCCUGUGAUAUCAGCAUAGUGGCACAUUAUAUAAAGCACAGGACAUUGAGAAAAUCUUUUUGUUUCUUAGUUUAAAGGACAUAAGAAAUACAAGUUUUAGUUUGUAUUUAUUUAUUGUGCUAUUAAACAAGAUGGCAAA